CGCGCUGCAGACAGAUGCUUUGCCGUCUGAGCCACAUAGUGAAAGCAAAUAUGAUAUGAAUUAUUUUGAUAGAUUAAAAUUUCUAGAUUGAUAGAUUAUAAACAUUUCAUUCAAAGUAUUCCCUGUAUUUUGUAGUAAUGCCACCAAAGACCAGAAAUAGAUUACUUAGUUGCAAACUUGUCACCAACUGAGGUAAAUUUUUAUAGUAUUACAUCUAGUUCUCCCUUCUGGUGCUGCUAGCUACUCCCCAGGGCUUAAAAUAAUUUAUAAAGCAAGGCUAUUUCUUACCAGGUUUUCAUUUCAAAACAGGCCACUCUCUUCUGCAACUAUGUGAAAGAAACUUUGUUUUAUUUCCGCCAGCAAAGAGUAACCUCGGAUCCAUCAACAAUUGAGUUUUACUUCAUUAAUAGCAGUGGAGCAAUGAGUACCUCUAAGGAUCUGCUCAGGAUAGUCCAGCAUGUAUGCUCAAAGGUUGUUCAGAGACCCAUCUUUUCUCAAGUAUAGGGUAUGAUGAUUAUUUAAAUUGCAUAAUUAAAAGAAGCAGUGAUACCAACACUUAUGAAUCCACAGCCAGUGGAAUCUGCAAAUUUCUGUCUUCUCUACAAAAUGAGUUGCUUCUAUAGCUGAUUGUAGCUGCUUGGCUUCUCACCUAUUUCUAAUGGCACUCUUUGAGCGUAAAGCAUCAGUCAAGGCCAACGAUGAUUCCCUUUUUUUCUUCUUAGGAGAUUGGGAGUGUGGAUAUUUCUAUUCCUACAUUGGUUCUAUGAUUAUACAGUCAAGGAUAAAGCAAUUCCCUCUCAUUUUAAAAUUUAUUAAAAUAAAGGAACUAAACAGUCUCUAAGGUUUCAUUCAAUAAAAAGUUAUUACAUUACUCCUCUGUGUAUUAAAAAUAAAAUGGACUCUCUGCCUUAUUACAUAGUUGUGUCUAGAAUAUAGAAUAUGUUCAGUAUUAUUGAAUUAAUUUAAAUAUGCUGAUAUAAAUGUUUCUACAUAAUAUCUUACAUAUACAGACCUUUUACACACCUUUUAAAAAUAAAUCAUACUUGUUUUAUCUCCAUGACUGAUUUUUAUCUAUGUGAACUGAAGUGUGAGGCAGUGUCUAACAAUCAUUUCAAAGUUGCAGAGCAGAGAAUUUAAAAUAAACUAUCUGGGAUUAAUAAACACCCAUCCAUGAACAUUGUUACAUUGUCACAGUUUUUUAAAAUUUAUUUUAAAUGAUAUAUCAGAGAUGCAUGAAUUGAAGGAAUAAAAGAAUUUCAAAGGAUAAAACAACUUUCUGAAAAAUCAGUUAUUUUGCUUCAGUAUGGUGCAGUAACUUAGUAAGGACUCUGAGCGCCGCUGUUCACCAAUCAGGGGAAAAAUGGUUCACAAGAUCCGCCGGAACCACUGAGCUUUUACAUCACAAAGAAACGCCAGACUGAGAUAAACUGUCUUCCAAGCUGCACUAAAUUCAGACCUCGAUACCACUGGAUUCUGGGCUUCUUUUCCGAAUACACAGGGCUUCACGCAGACGUCCUGUCAUCCAGAAAUACAACAGGAGAUAGGCCAGUGUCUGAAAAUCAGCAGGACAAGAAUGGCGGCUCGGCAGAGGGGCGGGGACUACAGAGCAUUCAUCCUACUCUUCAUCCUCCUGGGGACCCAGAGCGAAGUCUGGGCAGCACAGAUUCUCUACUCCGUGCUGGAGGAGACAGAGACGGGGUCUUUUGUCGGUAAUAUCGCCAAGGAUCUGGGACUGGAGCCCAAGGACCUGGCGGAGCGCGGGGUCCGCAUCGUCUCCAGAGGUAGGACGCAGCUCUUCUCUCUGAAUCCGCGAAGCGGCAGCUUGGUCACCGCGGGCAGGAUAGACCGGGAGGAGCUCUGCGCCCAGAGCGCGCGGUGUCUGGUGAACUUUAACAUCCUGGUGGAAGAUAAAAUGAAUCUUUAUCGUAUAGAAGUGGAAAUAAUGGAUAUUAAUGACAACGCUCCUAAAUUCUUGACGGAAGAAAUGAAUGUGAAAAUAAUGGAGAAUACAGCUCCUGGGGUACGAUUUCCGUUAAAUGAGGCUAGGGAUCCGGAUGUGGGAACGAACUCUCUCCAGAGCUACCACCUCAGCCCCAAUCGCCACUUCUCCCUGGUUGUGCACACCGGAGAGGAUGGAACUAAAUAUCCGGAAUUAGUGCUGGAGCAGGUACUGGACCGGGAAGAAGUGGCAACUCACCACCUCCUCCUCACCGCCUCUGACGGCGGUGACCCACCACGAUCCGGAACCGCCCGUGUCCAAGUAACAGCGGUGGACGUGAAUGAUCAUGCGCCAAUCUUCUCUUUGCCCCAGUACCAAGUAACUGUCCCUGAGAACGUGCCAGUGGGCACAAGACUGCUGACGAUAAGUGCUAUAGAUCUGGAUGAGGGAGUGAACGGGGAAGUGACAUACUCUUUUCCGAAAAUUACUCCAAAAAUUCUACAGAUAUUCCAGCUGAACUCUCACACAGGAGAAUUAUCGACUCUAGAUGGCCUAGAUUAUGAAGAAUCUGGCUACUAUGAAAUGGAAGUUCAAGCUCAGGAUGGUCCUGGUAGUAUGACAAGGGCUAAAGUACUGAUCACAAUUUUAGAUGUGAAUGACAAUGCCCCGGAAGUGACUGUAACAUCUGUAAGCAGCUCAAUCCCCGAAGACACUCCUCCUGGAACAGUAGUGGCGCUUUUCUACCUUCAAGACCGAGAUUCUGGGAAGAAUGGCCAGGUGACCUGCACUAUUUCAGAAGAUCUGCCUUUUAAAUUAGAAAAAUCUAUAGACAACUAUUACAGAUUGGUGACAGCAGAAAACCUAGACCGGGAAAAAUUCUCUGCGUAUAACAUCACGCUGAAAGCCACAGAUGGUGGAAGCCCACCCUUGUCCAUGACAACUCACAUCACCAUGAAUGUGGCAGACACCAACGACAACCCACCUGCCUUCCUGCACUCCUCAUACUUUGUCUAUGUGCCUGAGAAUAACCCCAGAGGCACCUCCAUCUUCUCAGUGACUGCACAUGACCCUGACAGCAACGAGAACGCCCGUGUCACAUACUCCCUAUCUGAAGAUACUCUCCAGGGGCCUUCUGUGUCCUCCUACGUCUCCAUCAACUCAGAUACUGGUGUCCUCUAUGCACUGCACUCCUUCGACUAUGAGCAGUUUCGGGACGUGCAGUUGAGAGUGACUGCAAGUGACAGUGGGGACCCACCACUCAGCAGCAAUGUGUCUCUGAGCAUAUUUGUGCUGGACCAGAAUGACAACACACCUGAGAUUCUAUACCCUUCCCUCCCCACUGACGGUUCUACUGGUGUGGAGCUGGCACCCCGUUCUGCAGAGCCUGGCUACCUGGUCACCAAGGUGGUGGCAGUGGACAGAGAUUCAGGACAGAACGCCUGGCUGUCCUACCGUCUGCUCAAGGCCAGUGAGCCAGGGCUCUUCUCGGUGGGGCUGCACACGGGCGAGGUGCGCACAGCGCGGGCCCUGCUGGACAGAGAUGCUCUCAAGCAGAGCCUGGUGGUGGAGGUCCAGGAUCAUGGGCAGCCCCCUCUCUCGGCCACUGUCACACUCACGGUGGCUGUGGCCGACAGCAUCCCAGAUGUCCUGGCAGACCUGGGUGGCCCGGAGGUCCCGCACGACUCUGAUGCUUCAGGCCUCACGCUGUACCUGGUGGUGGCUGUGGCUGCAGUGUCCUGCGUCUUCCUCGCCUUUGUCAUCGUGCUCCUGGCACUCAGACUGCGGCAUUGGCGCAGAUCUCACAUGCUGCAAGCUUCGGGAGGUGUCCCUGGAAGUGUACCGGCGUCUCAGUUUGUGGGCGUGGAUGGGGUGCGGGCUUUCCUACAGACCUAUUCGCACGAGGUCUCGCUCACCGCAGACUCUCGGAGGAGUCACGUGAUCUUCCCGCAACCCAACUAUGCAGACACACUCAUCAGCCAGGAGAGCUAUGAGAAAAAGGAUCCCUUGUUAACAUCCAUAGAUUUUUGUGAAUGUAAGGGUGAAGCCCACAGUAUUCAGCAAGCCCCACCCAACACGGAUUGGCGAUUCUCUCAGGCCCAGAGACCCGGCACCAGCGGAUCCCAAAAUGGUGAUGAAACCGGCACCUGGCCCAACAAUCAGUUCGACACAGAGAUGCUACAAGCCAUGAUCUUGGCCUCCGCCAGUGAAGCCGCUGAUGGGAGCUCCACCCUGGGAGGGGGCGCCGGCACCAUGGGCUUGAGUGCCCGCUACGGGCCCCAGUUCACCCUGCAGCAUGUGCCCGACUACCGGCAGAAUGUCUACAUCCCUGGCAGCAACGCCACUCUGACCAACGCAGCUGGCAAGCGUGACGGCAAGGCCCCGGCAGGGGGCAAUGGCAACAAGAAGAAGUCGGGCAAGAAGGAAAAGAAGUAACAUGGAGGCCAGGCCCGAAGCCACAGGGCAGCCUCCCUCCCCAACCAGUCCAGCCUCUCCCUACCUGUGCCCAAGCCUCGGAUUUCAGGGCUCACCCCCAGGAAACUGGUAGGGGCCCAGGCCAUGCUCCCCUUGGGAAAUGGAAACAAGUGCCCGGUCAACACCCCCCUCCCUGCCCCCAGGGGAUUGAAUAUGCAAAGGGAGUUCUGCUGGGAACCCCCAUCCAAUCACUUGCUGUGCCCAUGGGGGUAGUGGGGUUUGUGUAGACACCAUUUAUCACACCCCCUUCAGUUACAGCUGAACUCCUCCAUCUUACAAAUUCAAUCAGGCCCAUCCCCGACCUCCCUCCUGCCUACACCACCCUUCUCUUUCUUAAGGUGGUUGGGGUGUUGAGGUACCCGGUGACCUAAAAAGGCUCAUAGUUCUGAAGAGUUGGAAGGGCAUCAUGACUUCUUGACCUCUCCUUCAAUUCUCAAACUUCCCCCAAAAGCAUGGUUUGGUGCCAGUCCCUUCGCCUCCUUCCAGAACCUGAGACCAAGCUCAAGUUUUUGGGAGACAUGGUCACCAUUCCCAUGGUACUGAUGCUUGCUGGAUUUAGGGAGGGCAUUCUGCUACCAUGCCUCUUCCCAACACCCUGGGGACCAGCCUUCUGUUCUGUUUGUCAUCAUUUGAUGUUCCCACUGCAUGCUGUGACUUCCCCCUCCCCAAACAAGAGACCCCACUGCAUGUUCUGAGACAGUGUGGGGUGCUGAGAUAAAGAAGGGUGUGGGUGUGGAUGGGGGGUGGACAAAGCUUGGUCCUGUCAGUUAACAGGGUCUUGCAGGAGGCUCUGUAUGCCCCAGGAUAUGGACCAGAUCCCCAGGUUCCAGCCAGAAGCCAUGCCCCAGGCUGGACCCUCAUCUCUCAUGUACAGGGCAGCCUGGCAGCCAGCGGUGGGCUGAGCUUCCAGAACCGGUGGGUUUGAACUGGCCUUGUGGUCCAAGGCAGCUCUGAACAGGAUUGGGACAGGUCCCCUGGAGAGGUCAGAGGGGCCUCUGUGGGUGCUGGGUACUCCAGAGGUGCUUCUGUGGAAGGAUCCGUGUGGCCCCAGUAGGGACGGAGGGGCCCGCUCGGCUAUUUUUGGUCCCUGGGUUGGGAAGGACGGGAGCUAGAGCAGGGACCAAGUGGACAGAAAGUGUCAGCCUGAGAUCAGGGCUUCUCCACAGGGCGCCCCCUGCCCCAGCGGCCCCAGCCCUUCACCUUGCCAGGUGCCAUUCCUUCUCUGUGAAGGCCACUGCCCAGGCCCCCAGUCCGCCCCCUCGUGGCUAGAGCCUGGUUAAAGUCCCCCAGUGCCUCCUUGUGCAUAGAUCUUCCUCUGCUCACCCCUCUGCCCCCAGGGUCCCGCUCAACCAGCGGGGCUUCUCGAGAACCCCACUCCGGCCCUUACUUAGUAUAGGAACCCCCUCCCUCUUUCGGCUGGUGUAGAAUAACCAAUAGUGUAUAGUGCGGCGUAUUUUUCCGUGAUGGCGAGCGGGCGGCGGGCUCCGCGCAGCCGUCUGUCCCCGAACCCGCCCGCGGCGGCCCGUGCUGUGUUUUGUGCUGUGUCCACGCGCUGCGGCGACCCCCUUCCCGCGUACUGACUCCUCUAAGCGCUUCUCUUUGCAUAGUCACGUAGCUCCCGACCCCACCCCCUUCCUGUGUCUCACGCGUUUUAUACUCUAAUAUUUAUAUGGCUUUUUUUCUUUGAAAAAUUAAAAGGUUUCUUCUGAAA